CAUUUAUUUCAUUAUGUAAUGCAUAAGAAUACAUUUACUAGCGAGUAAAAAUAGAUAAAUCUAUGAAAAAAUAAAUGUUUUUUUUCUUUUUCAAAAGAGUGCUAAUCAAUGAUUGUCAAUGAAUUUUUUUAGGAUGUCAAAAAACCAAGACCACAUUGCUGAAAGUGAUUCUGAUUGGGACAGCUUACCAGGUGAUAUAACUCAACCAGGUUCAAGUCCUGAACCUUCUGUUAAAACAACACAAGCAACAGUUAACUCAGCAAUGCCAACACCACCUAAGGAACCUUCCUAUACAAAACAUCCCACCAUAACAAAACCAGCAAAAAUGUAUCGUAACACAUCAAAAUCCAUCAAGAAAAGCAACAACGCCACUACAUUUGAGGAUCAUACGAAGGGUCUAUGGAAUGAUGAUGCUGCUGACAUUGAACAAAAUCAUUUUUUACCAAGGGAAAAAAAUAAUAUUUCCAAGGAUGAUAUAAGAACUUUUGAUAAUCAGGACUCAAAUAAAGUAAAAAACUCACAUGAUGUUAGUGGCUACAAAAAGCCCCCAUUCACAGAUUUUAGAGAAGCACUAAGUAGUCCGAUUCCUUCAAUACCAAAUCCUAAUCAUCAUCAUCAGUUAGCCAAUGUCAAUCAUGCAUACAGGAUUGAAACCAGUGAUGACAAACUACAUGUGAAUCAACAAUCAUGGGAUGCUAGUGAUAAGGAAUCACCAUUGUAUGAAAGUUGUAAAAUUACUCAAAAUAAUGUCACGCUCAAAAAUAGUCAUGAACAAACAUCAGGCAGACAGAACUAUGAAGACAAUUUCCCCAGUUCUGACAUGAGAGAGAUCAAUGAAAAUAAUUCUAAAGGAUUUAAUGAGAGGCAACAAAUAGAUGAACCUGAGUUGAAAUUCUCACCUGAUAUGCAAUAUCAGCAUUUUAACUUCAUGAACCAAAACUUUGAAAAUUGUGGUCUUAUCCAGGUUGCUGAAUGUGCUUAUGACGAUAGAUAUAAACCAUCAUUUUUUCAUGGAAGUAAGAAUCAUUUUCUCAUAAAACAAGACGAACCACGACCUGUUAUAACAGAUAUUGUUGACAAAUCCGAUGUAAUCCUUCAAAAAUUUUGGCGUGAAAUCUUCGGUGCCUUUCAAAUCUUUCUCAACUUUUUCGUCAUUCUGCUGUUGGAACUUUUUAAAACAAUAGUUAUUACUUUUCGACGUUUGAUAGCUGGCAUUUUCUACAUUUGCGGUGAUCAUUUUAUCAAACCGCUUCUCACUGCUUUGUUCAAUAACUUUAUUCAGCCCAUUUCGGUUUUGCUUUUGAACAUAUUUGUGUCAUCAACGAAUCUUAUGAAGCCUCUCCUAGCCGUCACCAGGGAAUUGCUCAGUCAGUUAGCAAUACCAUUACAUGCUUUCCGAUUGUUUGCCAUCAGUUGGGAAUCCAAAGAAAAAGAUGAAGUUAAUCAAAGAAAUUUAAAGAUUGUUUAACUUGUACUUGUGUACAGUAGUAGUAAGUUUUAGCAUUGUCCUGCAUGAGAUAAACGAUGUCAAAUCUUUAGAUGAAGGACCUAAAAUAAGAAAACAUUACGUUCAAAAA